CCUUAUUUUUUUGGUGUGUGAUUUGCUCAAGCAGCUGCCCAAUCGCUGAUGUUGGAGCAGGAGGCUGUGAUGAAUGAUGGCCCAGACUUUCUCCCUGACCUCAUGCAGCAGGCGCUUCAGGAGCAUGUAACAGAGGAGAGAAGCUCAAAGGUGGCUUCCCCCGAAACAGAUGUGCCGCGUACAGGGCGUUUCACCUCACGCUUGAGGAAAGCCCCAGCAGCGGCACCAACUUGGCCACAGCAGCGCCCUGGGCGUCUACUGGGUCUGGUGCAUGCCCCGACCGAGUGUGGACAAGCAGCAGGUGAAAUGCCGGCGCUUCGACACUUGGCGCUUCUGGAAGAGGCUGUGCUGAAUGGGACAGAGCUGCCACCAUUGUGCAAGCUCGCAGGUGCUCAGCCACCCAGUGCACCAAAGGCACCGAAGGAGGGGCGGCCGAACGUGCCUCAUGCCCCGCCGACGAGGUCGCAACGCGCGCCGCGGCUGUUAGUCGCUGAUGGUACGUGGGGAAUUCAACCGCCGGACUCCACGCAGCGGCGCCGCCCGGCGGCGCAAGCCGCGCCGCUGGGCGGUGGUCGAUCGCAGCUGCGGGGCGUCGGCCUGGCGCGGCGCGGUGCCGGGGCGGCGCAAACGGCACGCUGGGUGAGCAUGGAGGCCGAACGGCUUCGGGAGCAAGCGCGGCAGCCAAAGCCCUUGGGCCUGAGCUUUGCCACCGCCUUCCUGGUGAACGGAGGGCCAGAAAGGAUGGAACCACUGAGUGCUGGCUUGUGUGCCAUUGCGCCGAUCUCAUGAACUGGCCGGGACUAUGGGGACAUUGUCAC